UACCAAUAUUCCUUGUUGUUAAGUUCAUUGAACACCAAUGAAAAAAUACUAGGUUUAUGGGGAUUCCCCUAUGGAUAACCCUUGUUUUGUUUUGUUCUUCUUUCAUGUCGAGAGCAAGGGAAACCAUCAGGAUGCCAUAGAUUGUAACUCAAGAUGACUGAAAAUGCCUGCCAGACUUCAUUAAAUGAUUACAUGUCAAAGGUGCCUAAUGAAGAAAUACUGAAGUUAAAGGAGGAGAACUUCAUACUUCAAGGAAAAAUUAGAGGAUAUGCAACCUUAGGUAAUCUUCUUCGUGAACAGAAAGAAGAAUGUUCAAAGUUGAAGAAAAUGAAUGAAUCACUGAAAAAACAAGCAACUCCAUCUCCAGGUGCAGGCAUGAGCUUCAGUCAGGACAGUGGUUCAGAGGGAAACCAUUCAAUGAAUGGGGACACUGGAACCAGUUAUAAAAAUCCUGGAGAGGUCAAGCUACAAACUGUUGAAUCGGAAAAUAUAGAUGUUUCUUUAAAAUCUGAUUACAGUUCAAAUGGGAUACCAGAUCCUUGUAUUAAGGAGCAAAGCAAAACAAACAAUUACAAAGAAGUAAUCCGAACUUUGUCAUGGACAGAUCAAAUGUCUGGAGCUACUUAUCCUCCAUGCGAUAUGGUCCAGCACUCAAAAAUGGACAAAUAUCCAACGCAGGAAUCUAUCAGUAGUGACAUUAAAUUAGAACUGUCCGAUUCACAGAAGAGACCAAUUUCAAUUGUUAGUAAUGGCAUUGAAAACCCUGUCCACAAGGACCACAGGGCAAUGUUAAGGUCGUCAUCAACUAUAGUACAUGUUGGUUCAGAUUCUAAUUCAAAAAGUUUGAACUUGAUGGAAUUUCCAUCGGAACACUCUGAUGACUCUACAAAAACUGGUUCCUCAUCGCACAGUAAGGUUGUGUCUGCAUCGUCAUCUCAAUCAUCUUCAUUCCAGGUCAUCAAGCCUGGUCUGUCAAGACAGUGCUCCAAGUCAGAGACAGCAUUGAGUCUCCAUGUGAAUGAAAUAAUGAAUGGGGACCUUGGCUCUGAUGGCCCAUCACAAAGGAUGAGGAAAAUGUUAGAAGAUAUUUUACCUGACCUCACUAAGAUAGAAGAGGAGAAUGAAAACUUUAAGGUUGAAAAUAAAAGACUAUUGGAAGAAAACCAUCGCCUUUUAAGGAAAGUUCAGCAGUUAGAACUUCAAGUUAAUAAUGUAUCUCCCACCGAGUCCCUGUCAUCACAGACUCAAGUUGUAGACUGGGACUAUGUCAGCAAAUCAGAAUUACAGAAGAGUAAAAUUAUAGAAAAAGAGUCAACACAGAUGUCAGAUAAUUCAACUAGACUUCAAAAACUGGAACAGCAAAACAGAGAGUUGCUGCAAGCCAAUUCAAGAUGGGAGAAAAUGUUCAAAGAAAUGAGAUCUGACCAAGAAAAUAAAACAAAACAUUCUCAAUAUCAGAUUGAAACUUUAAAAGAACAGCUUACAAAAAUGAAUUUAGAAGAUGAAACACGAAGAUGUGAAUAUGACAGAAUUUUACUAACUACCAAAAACAGACUUGAGGAUGAAGAGUCUGCAAAAGAUGCCCUUCAAGCUCAGUUAGCAGAAUACCAAGUUUUAUAUGAACAGAUGCAAAGAGAGAAGAGAGAAUUAGAGGAAUCAUUAAAUGCAAUAAACAGAGAACAAUUAGCCAGAGAAGCAGAACUUAGUGUUCUUAGGCAAGGUAUAGGUGGAGAUAGUAUACAGGCUAUUCAUGUGUCUUCUGACUCAGACCUAAGAACAGAAAUAGCUGUUUUGAGAGAACAGCUUACAGUUUUCCAGGAGGAUUUUGAUAGAGAGAGAAGUGAUAGAGCUAAGGCUCAGUCAGAAAAAGAUGACAUAAAUAAACAAUUAGGAAAACUUAGAACAGAAAAUCACAAGCUUGUUGAUCAGAAUAAAAGAUAUCAAUCUCAGCUUCAAACAGCAGAAGUUAAUGUUAAAGAAGCCAUUGAAGAGAGCACUAGACUUAAUAGUGCAAAUGUUGAACUCAGAAAUAAAGUUCGUCAGUUGGAAAGUCAACUUUUAUCACAACAAGUACCUCCAACGUUUACACCAAACAUCACAUCGACAAGACCUCAGCAUUCAUUGAUGGUACAACCAGAGAGUGAUCCAUAUGCUAGGCCAUCACCUCCUUAUAUAUUCCACCAGAAUCAAGUUGGACCAGGCAACCUUCAGAGUAAUAGAGAGAGAUACCCACAAGAACAGCAACCAGGUGCAUGGAACUGUGAUGAUUGUACAUACUCUAACCAUCCAACUCGGUCGGUGUGUGAAAUGUGUGGGAAGAUAAAAUUACCAGGUAUUACAGCAGUUCAGAACCCAUCUUCUUCACCUACAUUAUGGAGAAGAGGAGAAAAUGGAGAACAGAAUGACUUAUCAUCAGAUUGUGUGCGGUGAAAUCUAUUCAUUAUCCACUGACGGAUAUCAAUCUGUUUCUUAUUCUCUAGAGACAUAUUUCGCAUUAGCCAGAAAAAUAUGGAAAAAUGAAAAUACAAUUAAAUAUGACAUCAGAUGUACAUUUUAGGAAAAAUUUAUACUGACAGAUAAUUUGACUGUUAUUUGUUAUUACGAGAUGACUGUUCUUUCUAAUCAGGAUAUUCUACAUAAAUUUGACUGUUCUUGGAGAAAAUAUUCUAUGUAUCAUUGAUUGUUCUUGAUGACAAGGAUAUUCUAGAUAUUAUUUGACUGUUCUUUAUGAAGAGGAUAUUCUGCAUAUUAUUUGACUGUUCCUUCAGAUGAGGAAAUUCUACAAAAGGAAAAAUUACAGCAGUUUCAUUGUCAAUUAUAUCAUAGUUCUUUGAUAGAUGGAGAAUUUUGAAUAUCGCAAUAUGAAAGAAACAGAUAUCAUAUUAAAAUUGUUGAAAUGAAAUUUAUAAUAACUUUAUGUGUUUUGCUUUUACAAGAUAUUUAAAGAUUGUAACAUUACUGUUUACACUGUAUACACUAUAACCUUUUUACAUAUUGUCUGUGCUCUGUAUAAAUUUGCUGUCUUUCUAAGCUGCUUUCUGUGGAAAUUAAACUGAUUAUUAGGUGGGUCUCAUUGGGGUCUAAGCGUGAUGCAGGAUUGCCGAUUUUUUGAAAGCGUGACGCAGGAUUGCCGAUUUUUUGUAAGCGUGACAUGUGAAAGUCAAAUAAUUGUGUCGUGAAAACGGGAAAUGAGGUCUUGCGGGACCCGGGAAAUGACAAAAAAAAAGAGCUGCUUACGUAUAUAGUGUAAGCAGGAUACGGGAAUUUGACAAAACAGUAAGCGGGAUCCAGGAUCAGAACCCCCCAAUGAGACCCCCUAUAAGGACUAUCUUUGUAAAAGAAGUAAGAGAAAUUACUUUUUAAAUUGUAAACUAGUUAAUUAAAUGCUUGGGUUGUUUAUACGUUAGAGGACUGAUAUUUUACAUUUUACUUUGAUGUGUGAGAACAAAACUUUUUCUAAAUUUUUCAAGUGAAGCCAAUAUCUCUUGUUUAAAGUGUUAUUUGAAAAAGAACACCUGUUAUCAAUAUUUUAGUUUUUUUACACAAUGCUAUAGUUUUACUAAUGGAGUACAUUGAACAUAGUCUAAAGCUUGUUUGCUAAGUUCUAUACACCUUCACAAGAGAUUUGUUAUAUUUUAUUAAUAUCAUUAAGAAUUAUAACAGAUGAAUGAGUAGAUUAUCAUUUACUGAUGUUUCUGUUUACCCGACCUCCAAGACUAGUGUUGUGUUGGCACAAGUUAUCUCCCUUUUGUUAAUUAAAAUUAAAUGUCAUUUUCUUGGAACCAAUUAUCUCCCUUUACCAAGCUCUUAAUUAAAAUUAAAUAUAACAUAGAAUGCUAAAUUUGAUGCUCAGUGCAUAUUUACUUUAACCUAAAGAAAAUAAUGCACCAUUUUCAUUAAAUUUUGAGAAUUAACUAUGUAGUUAUAUUUUACCGGAUAGUAUUUAUACAUCUGUUGUUUUUGAAACAAGAGGGAGUUUCUCAGCAUCAAUCUUAUUAAAGAGUGAUAGCCCUUAGAUUAGUUGAAGCUGAGAAACUUCCUCUAAUUUGAAAGACCAUUGAUAACAUUUUCACCGCUAUUUUCAUAUGCGAAGGAUGUAUCGCUUAUGACCUGAUGCAUUCUCUUUCCACAAGUAUCUUGAGAUAGAAAAGGAUCAUAUAGAAUCUUCCGAGUAAAAUUUUAGAGAAAAGAGAUAAUGUAUUAUACCUUUGUUAUAAAUAUUAUAUAUACAUUUUGUUAUGGUAAUGUCAUAGUGCUAACACUUUUAUUUUCUUCAUUUAGGCAUUUUCAAUGACUUAAUAUUCAAACAAAAAUUACCAUAUUUAAAGUUUUUCUUCUAAACAAUAUAGAUAUUGAGAUUUGUAAUAUAUGAAAUUAUUCAUGUUCAACAAUCUGUAUUUUUUUACAGUUAAACUCAACUUAAACCAGGAAUAAAAGUAUCUGAUGAUAAAUCUGAAAUUCAUUACAGCUCUCCCAAAUAAGUACCUGAGUAAAUUUCUUAGAAAAUAAUUAGCCUGAUUCAUAUGCAUAUUGUAAGCUGUUUCUGUUGUCCUUUCUAAUAUUUACUGUUAAAGUGUAUUUAGUUGGAAAAAAAAUUCUGUUUCACUAUUCUACAUUUGGUAGUUCAUGUUAAUAGUCUCUUUUUCUAUUUAUAAUUUUUGAUAUAAAGCAGAAGGGCCAGAAAGGCCUCAAUUAUGUUCUUAAUGUUUGACUAUGUCUUAGCCAAGGAUUUACGCAAAAGUAUAUUUUAUACAAUCUAUUUCAUUGUUUUGAAUAUCAUUUCACUUUAAGGUGUUGGCUCAUAUCUAAUAUUGCCAAAGAUUGUAUGUGAAUUGGCCAUUUCAACAAUUUUCUGGCACAAAAGUAAGAACUGUCAUUUCUAUUUUAAAAUUCCAGAUGUUAUUGUAUUAUAAAUCAAUUAUGGAUAAAAUAAACAUAACCUGUAUAGGUUUUUUUUUCUUCAAAAACAGGUAACUUCAAACUCAACAAAUGGAAGUUUUUAACGACCUUGACUGGCUAAACAGCCUUUGCACAGUCGGCUUCAAGCUCUAUAGAAUGUCUGUACAUUAAUUAUAAAUGACAUAUUUUAUUAAAGAAUUGUACAAGCAGAAAUUUCAAAGCUCUGAAAGUGCUGUAAAAAAAGAAAGAUAAAUGCACAUUUCAUUGCUGGCUUGAGUUACCACAUAUCACCACUUUAAGUUAAAGAUGUGCAAUCUUUUCAAAGGGUCAAAAUUCAAUUGCCUUAAUUUAAGGAUGUGAUAAAAUAAGGUUACACUGCUACUCUCUUAAUUCUUUCUUGUAGUAUUAACAAUUAGAACAUUUUAACGAAACAAAAAUUACUUUGUGACAAAACUAUGGAAACACAGUAGACAUACAUGUAGUUCAAGUUUGUAAAUGACAUGGACAUUUUUUGUGAAACUAUUUAUAUGUUUGUACAUUAUAUAGAAGUUAAAAUUUUAAAUCUGAGUGUUUAGUUCCAGUCAUUAUAUAUUCUUCUCAUUAUGAUUAGCUUGAUGUAAGCACUUUCUGUUGUAAGUGAUAUAAGAGUGGUUCCAGUUGGGAAAUAGAAUGACGUCCAUCUUAUUUAAAUGAAACUUUUUUCAAAAUCAAAUGCCUUUUUUUAAUCUAAAAAUUUGUAUAAGUUUGUAAAAGUAUGCCCUGGCUACGACCAAUUGAUUACAUACAAUAACCAGUUGGGUGAGUCAAUAUUGAAAGUCACACGAAGACAUGGAUUCAACUUAAAUGACAGCCUCCAUUAUCUGGAGCAAUCUAAUUAAUAUCUUUACAAAUUACUUAAUAUUCGUAGCUAUUGAUUGAUUCUGUUUUAAGAAGAAAAAAAUGCAUAUAAUUUAAACAAUAUACUUUAGCUGUGUACAAUAUGUACAUGUGCCCUUUAAGUGUUAAAUAAAACAUGAACAUGAUGAA